AUGCCUCCCCACAGAUCUAGAAAAGCAAAACCUGGUGCGAUUCUGAGCGGAAUUUUACGCGCUGGCCCAGGGGAGGCAGAUGUCAGGAACAUGGUUCCACAGUGUGCAUCCAACCUCCCCCGAAACUGCGGGGAGCUACUUCAAUACCCAUCCACAACCUUAUCCAACAUGCUUGGAAUAUACUGCCACAUGUGCUGUGACGCGAUAGAACCUGGAUUCCAGCACCAGUGUAACAACUGCCACGCACUCGUCUGCGAACAGUUCGUUCCUCGGAGUAGCGGUUGCAUUGUUUCUGUAGUGUGUAGCAAGGAAGAGUUCUUGUGCCCUAUUUGCGCAAGGACUGGAAAGAAGAAAGAUUCCCCUUUGCCAUACGUGUAUGCUGGCUUUGGUAGGCGAAAGAAAGUGAAGAUGAAAUGGCCGAUGUGCCUCGUAAACCUCAACGUGAAGUCGUCGGAAGAAGACUACCUUGCAACCACCACCAAGCUUUUCAUUCGCACCUUGCCCAUCACCCAGGGUGUACACACGUCCGAGUUCAAGAACCUUGCAGAUGGGAUAGAGCUUAUUCAUAAGGCCAUAAAGGCCGGAUGUCCGCCGAAUUCUUUCGUCAUAAUCAACACUGACUCAGAUGAGGUUACCGAAGGAAACGCUGUAGUCUCAGACAUUGUUGCAAAAUCCCUCGGCGAAGAGUUUUUGGAGUGCAUGGGAGCAGCCUCUUCUGCGGCAAAGAGUGACGCCACCGUCAACAUUACGGCAACCGGGAAGAAGCCUUGGUGCGACCUUACUGCCAAGGCAAGGGGAGGACGGAGGGUUCUCCUCCUUGUCGGAAGUCAUCCUGCCAUCAGGUUCCGUCAUCACUUCGAAUCACUUAUGGCGUUGGUGAAGAAUGAAAUAUUCGACUUCGUGCUUGGUUUCGGCGGUUCUGGCAGCUCCUUAUCUCAAAUAUCUCAUACUGUGCGCUCACUCAUUGUAGAGACUGGAGUGUUCGGACAAACAGAUCCCUGGUCUGCAUUGAGGAACAUCCUGACGUCAAACCAUCAAGUUUUAGAUCACACAACUGUCGUGGUGUUGUACACGACUACUGCCAGUGGCUCCCGACAAGUCGAAUGCCGUCAGAUUGGGAAGGACACCCCUGCAUCACGUGCCUUUGCCUACGAAUUUAAGAUGUGCGGAAAAGCUGGAUGUGAUCCAGGGCUAAAAGGCAUACAGGUCUACAAUCAGAAGGGAAAAGUCCGUGUUGGGUGUACACUAUGCCACUGGAAGUCUGCAUGGGCGAGGAACGAUGAGGACAACGAGCUCUUCAAGAGGGUGAACGCACUCACAGCGCCUCAAAUAUUUUUGGCAUCAUUUCCCUCCCUCAAAUGA